CCUCCCGAAAUCUCGCGAGGUUAGGUGCGCGUCGGUAUUUUGCGGGCAACUGACUCUCCCAGCUGCUGUAACUGCUGCUGCGGGAGAAAUUGGAGCUGCUGUUGUCGGCGCGCCCGCCCUCCCCCACGGAGAGCCACCGCCUCUUCUCUCGCUCUCCUUGUACACCUAUCGCCCGGAGCGGCGGCUGCAACAGUUCCUGGACCCACCGCCGCCUCCUCAGGCUGCCGCUCGGCCGGUCAUUCCCACAGCCCGGCAGCUGACGGCGGCCCCCUGCCCCUCACCGGCUCCUCACUCUAGAUCGUCUCCCCCGUCCCUCUCCUCGCCUGCCUGGGACCCACCUCCCCACGGUCUCGCCGGGGUGGAAGACGACGAGGAGGAGACGAAAGUCACCCUCUCUCCAGGCGGCGCCGGGCCCCUCACCCGCGGGUGUGUCCUAUAAAUGGCGUCGGAAAGCGACACCGAGGAAUUCUUUGAUGCCCCUGAAGAUGUGCACCUAGGGGGCGGCUACCCUGUAGGGUCUCCAGGAAAGGUUGGGAUUUCAACAUUAAAGGAAACUGAGAAUACUGCACACAAAGUUGGAAAUGAGUCUCCUGUACAAGAAUUGAAACAAGAUGUGUCUAAAAAGAUUAUUGAAAGCAUUAUUGAGGAGAGUCAGAAAGUACUACAGCUGGAAGAUGACUCAUCGGAUUCCAAAGGAAAGGGACACUCUGACCAGGCUACUGGCAGUUCUCUUGUAGCUGGAACAGAUCUUAGCAAUAUACCUGGACUGUUAGCCAUAGAUCGGGUACUACAGGAAGAUUCCAAAAAGGCAGAGAGUCAGAAUGCAAUUGAAGAAACUGAAUUAGAAUCUAAAAGAUGUUUUCCUUCUGAUGACACCUAUGAGAAGUCAGUAGAUGAAAUCACUAAGUUAACUGAAAUAAGUUCAACUGAGCAGCAUAAUGUGCCUGAAACUGAAACAGAAGUAUUGAACAAAGAAGCCAUGGAAGUCAAAGGAAGUGAUGUUCUAGAACCUGUGUCCUCAAACUCUUUAUCUACUAAAGAUUUUGCUGCCAUGGAAGAAGUGGCUCCCGCCAAACCCCCAAGACAGCUUACUCCAGAACCUGACAUUGUGGCUAGUACAAAGAAGCCUGUUCCAGCACGCCCUCCCCCUCCAACUAAUUUCCCACCUCCUAGGCCCCCGCCUCCAUCUCGACCUGCUCCACCACCAAGAAAAAAGAAAAGUGAAUUGGAGUUUGAGGCCCUUAAAACGCCUGAUCUAGACGUUCCCAAAGAGAAUAUUACAUCUGAUACUCUCCUAAGUACGAACAUGGCUUCAGAGAAUACAGUCAAGGAUUCUCAGCCUUCUCUUGACUUGGCAAGUGCUACCAGUGGAGAUAAAGUAGUUACUGCCCAGGAAAAUGGAAAAGCACCUGAUGGGCAGACCAUAGCAGGUGAAGUGAUGGGCCCUCAGAGACCUAGAUCCAACUCUGGGAGAGAGCUCACUGAUGAGGAAAUUUUAGCCAGUGUCAUGAUUAAGAACCUGGAUACUGGAGAAGAAAUACCUUUGAGUCUUGCGGAAGAGAAACUGCCAACAGGUAUUAAUCCUCUCACUCUACACAUCAUGAGAAGGACGAAGGAAUAUGUAAGUAAUGACGCGGCACAGUCAGAUGAUGAAGAGAAGUUACAGUCUCAGACAACAGAUACUGAUGGUGGAAGGUUAAAACAGAAAACGACUCAACUAAAGAAGUUCUUAGGAAAAUCAGUAAAGAGAGCAAAGCACCUUGCAGAAGAAUAUGGUGAACGUGCUGUGAAUAAAGUUAAAAGUGUUAGAGACGAAGUGUUUCAUACUGAUCAAGAUGAUCCUUCAUCAAGUGAUGAUGAAGGAAUGCCAUAUACAAGACCAGUCAAAUUCAAAGCAGCGCAUGGUUUCAAAGGACCUUAUGAUUUUGAUCAGAUAAAAGUGGUGCAAGAUCUUAGUGGUGAGCAUAUGGGAGCUGUUUGGACCAUGAAAUUUUCUCACUGUGGCCGAUUACUUGCCUCAGCUGGACAAGACAAUGUAGUGAGAAUAUGGGCUUUAAAAAAUGCUUUUGACUAUUUCAACAAUAUGCGAAUGAAAUACAAUACCGAAGGACGUGUGUCCCCGUCACCUUCUCAGGAAAGUCUGAAUUCAUCAAAGUCUGAUACAGAUACAGGGGUAUGCAGUGGAGCUGAUGAAGACCCUGAUGAUAAAAAUGCACCAUUUCGGCAGCGGCCAUUUUGCAAAUAUAAAGGACACACCGCUGAUCUCCUUGAUCUUUCAUGGUCUAAAGUAAGAAAUUCUUACUUGAAGAGU